AGUAACAGAUCAGCUGAUGACACCUACUGGUUCAUUAAAAUAAUAUGAAUAACAAUAGAUGGAGCCGGUGGCACUACAACUACAACAUUAUAUUAUGCUUGCAAGUAAAAAAAUUUAAAAAAGAGAGAAUGAGAGGUAGAGAGAGAAACAAAACUGCAGGAACACGGGUCAGACGAUCGGCACGGAGUCGUGAGUUCUCCAGACAACAGGGGUGGUAUCAACCUAGACAAACAGAGCUUGGAAAGAGGAGAAUUGGACAGAGAAACCAUGACAGGGGUGGCUACAAUUGGAAGAUUUACAAUCAAGCAACACCAUUAUAUUUCACAAACUUUCCAGAUGAUUGGAGCUAUGGUGAUAUGUGGAGAACCUUUGCAAAAUAUGGGAGAGUUUACGACAUCUACAGCCCAACGAAGAAGGACAAGAAUGGCAAGCGAUUUGGGUUUGUUAGAUUUUUGGAGGUGAAGAAUGAAGCUGAACUAGAACAUCAACUUGGUCAGAUCCGGAUCGGGGUACAAAAAUUAAGGGUGAAUAGGCCUAAAUACAGCAUGAAGAACAAUAGCAACAGUAUUGUGGAACCCAAAAAUACCAGUGAAGGCAACAUUAGAAGAUCUUAUGCCGAUGUUGGUAACCGUGUAUGGAGAAUGAAGAAAAAUGAUCAAGACUGGUCUAGGUUAGUAUUCAAUGUCAAUGGCGAAGACUCGACUUGGCUUGAAAGCUGUUAUGUGGGAACAGUCCAUGCAGUUGAAUCAAUUCCUACACUUCAAGAAAAGUUCCUCAUGGAGGGUUAUUUUUCAUGCAAGGUUAAACCGAUGGGUUUUAAGUUAGUGCUACUGGAAGGAGUAGAUAAAGAUGAGAUCAAAGAUUUGGUUAAUAUUGCUCCAGAAUGGCUUGGACAAUGGUUCAAAGAAGUUCAACCUUGUGACGGUGACGAUGUUAUUGCGUCCCCCAUCUAUGUUGGAGUUCAAGCACAGGUACAAUGGUCUUCUGAAGAUUGUCUAGACGUAGAAGAUAACAUGGCAACUAGAGAUUGGAUAGAAGAGGAACAGCCAUCGAGAUCUCAGGAGUUAGUAGCAUCGGGAGGAGUAAGAUCAUCACGAGGGGUGGAAGGUGGCGGCAUGCGUAUGGAUAAUCAUGUAACUUGUGACAGAGAUCAUAAUGAGGUGUCAGCAGAUUUUGUGCUUGAAAGCAACUUUGAGCAGCUAAAUUCAAACGGUGAGGAAAAAGAAGCCGAAGGGAUUAUGGGUGAAAAAAAUUCAAAAAACAAUUGUCAACAAGCCUAUUCAUUAAAUGGGCUAAUGGAUCAUGGAGUAGGAAAUGGGCUUGUUGGACUUAUUGUUGAGCCUAAUGUUCAAUGGCACGACCCUAGAAGGGAGAUAAAGUCUUUGGGCCGGAAUGAACUGCCGACUAAUGAAAUUAGGGAGGAGGCGAUGGAAAUGAUAACCAAUAAAGAUGAUGAAACCAGAGCAGUUGAAGAUCGAGCAAGUAGAUUUACCAAAUCUCUACUGCUUAGUGCUGAGCAAAUCUGGCAGUUUGCCAAGCAAAUUGGGGUUGCGGACUAUGGGAAUGAAGUAGAGAUUGUGCAGAAAAUUAAAGCCAUGGAAGCUCGAGACAAAGAGGAGAUGCAGAGAGCCAAAGAAAUUGAGGCUGGAGGCAGAAGAAAGCUAUGGCACGACAUUAAAGAUUUGAUUGAGAUUAGGGGUGGAAACUGGUGUUUAAUGGGUGAUUUCAAUUCCAUAAAAAAUGAAGAAGAGAGAGUUGGAAGAAGUGGCAGCAGAUGUGAAAUAAGGAACUUUGCAGACUUCAUCAGAGAGGCAGGGCUUGUUGAUUUAUCACUAAUUGGGAGAAAAUUCACCUGGUACCAAGCAAAUGGAUCGUCAAUGAGUAGACUAGAUAGAUUUUUGUUGUCUAAAGAAUGGUUAAACAACUGGGGAGAUCUAAAGCAAAAAGGGCUCAAUAGAACAGUGUCAGAUCAUUGUCCAUUAUUGCUGAAAAAUGAAGUUCAAGACUGGGGGUCAAAACCAUUCAGACGCUUUGAUGCUUGGCUGGAUAGGCCAGGGUUCAAAGAGAAAGUAACUGAGGUAUGGAACAAAAUAGAAGUAACAGGGUGGAUGGGAUAUAAGGAAGAAGAUUGGAAAAGGCCGAACCUUGAUGGUAUUAAUUUCAAAAGUGUGACAAGUGAAGAUAAUUCAAUGUUGGUAGCUCCUUUUACUAAGGAGGAGGUAAAGGCAACAAUAUGGAGUUUUGAUUGCUCAAAGGCACCGGGACCGGAUGGUUUUAACGUCAAAUUUAUAAGGGGUAUGUGGCAGCUUCUAAAGGAUGACAUUAUGGGCUUUAUAAGGGAGUUCCACUGUAAUGGGGCAGUGUACAAAAUUCUAGCUAAGUUACUGGCAAACAGAUUAAGCAUUGUCUUGGAAAGUAUCAUCAGAGAAAAUCAAAUGGCUUUUGUAGGAGGAAGACAACUCAUUGAUGGUGUCAUGAUUGCAAAUGAAAUUAUUGAUGAAACUGUUGAAGGGCUUAAUGGUAUCAUAUCUUUUGCUAUGGAAAAGGGGCUUUUCGAAGGCUUUGAGGUGGGUCUAAAUGGGAUGCAAGUUUCUCAUUUACAAUUUGCAGAUGACACAAUUAUUUUUGGAAAAGCAACGGAGGAAAAUGUGUGGGCAACAAAAUGCAUCAUGAGAAUUUUUGAAGUGGUUUCGGGGCUCAAAAUCAACUAUGGAAAAAGUCAACUAAUGGGCGUUUGUGUGGAAGAGGAUUGGCAAAUGAGAAUGGCUUUUAUGUUGAAUUGUAAACAAGGAGUGAUGCCAUUCAAGUAUCUAGGAGUCCCAAUCGGUGGCAACCCGAGGAAUGUGAUUAUGUGGAAACCCCUUAUUGAAUCUUUUAAAAAGAAGCUAUCUGGUUGGAAAGGUAGAUAUUUAUCCUUUGGUGGUCAAAUUGUACUCCUUAAUUCCGUGCUAUCAAGUUUACCUGUGUUCCUCAUGACAAUUUACAUGUUACCCAAAGGAGUAAUAAACCUUCUUAAUGAAAUUAGAAGGCAUUUUUUAUGGGGAGGGGGUGAAGAGAGGAAUAAGAUUAGGUGGGUUAAAUGGGACACAAUUUGCAAAAAUUGGCAACUAGUAAGGAGUGUGUUAUGGAGGGUUUUGGAGGCAAAAUAUGGGAACAUUGGGCACAAUUGGGUGAGCUGGGUUAGUGAGGGAAGGAAUAUGGGAUCUUUAUGGUGGAGAGAUGUGCGCAACAUAAACCAAGUAGGACCAAAGAAAGGUUGGUUAGAGAAUGGCUUUAGAUUAGUGGUAGGAGAAGGGAAAAAGGUUAGGUUCUGGUGGGAUCUAUGGGCAGGGGAUGAAGUGCUAGCUAACAAAUAUCCUCGCCUAUUUUUGCUCUUAACAGGGAAACAUAACAGCAUUUCAAAAAUGGGCUGCUGGCAAGAUGGCAAUUGGACAUGGGCAUUAAGAUGGCGACACAAGUUAUUUACAUGGGAAGAAAAUCAGCUGCAGGAUUUGAUGACAAUAAUUGAGGCUAUUAAUUUGCAACAAGGAAAGAUUGAUGAAUGGACUUGGAUUUAUGACAAAAAAGGAUUGUACAUAGCCAAAUCAGGGUACCUACUGCUAAAACAACACCUUGGGAAUGUUGAUGGAUGGCCUUACAACAAGCUUUGGAUACCUUCAAUUCCAUCAAAGGUCAGUGCCUUUAUAUGGCAAACACUACAAGACAAGAUUGCCACGAAAUGGAAUUUAUUCUAGAGAGGCAUUUUGAAUAAUAAUCGACUAAAAUGCUG